CCGUCGGACACUCGGAACGCGGUAGCCAUUUCUUAUCAGACAUUUAUAUGUGUCGAAUUAAAGUUCAGCAAAUUUUUAGUUUUUUCAAGUUGUUAUUCAGCACUUAUUGAGAAGGAACAAAAACAAAAGAACUUGAAAAGAAACUUAAGAAAUAGAAGAUAUAGACUGAUAUUUACAAAAGAUUUAAAGACAGCAGGCUUCUAACUGAAGAUGGCAGCUAAAAAAGAUUUCAAUAUUGGAGAUCUAGUUUGGGCAAAGAUGAAGUGUUUUCCUUUUUGGCCAGCCAAGAUAGUAGAACCUCCUACAGAUAAAAAAUCUACUCCUAAAAAGGCACGUCAUUAUGUAUUCUUUUUUGGAAGUAAAAAUUAUGCAUGGAUACAGGAUGAAAAUAUUGUACAUCAUUCUGAAGAAAUGCUACAGUCUACUUCCAGUAGGAAAAAAUCAACCCUUCUAAAAUUAGCAAUAAAACAAAUCACUGAAGAUGCACCCAAACAGACUAAAUUGCUUGUCAAACAAAAGAAAUCUCCUGAGAAGUCUCCUGAAGCAUCGACAAGUGGUACUCAAAACAAAAUUGCUAAAGUACAAAGAGAGGAAGGGAAAACUGAAAGCCAGAAAGUUCGAAAGAAGGUUGUACCUAAACGACGUGCUAUGAAUGAAUCAGAAUAUGAAAGAACAUCUCCUCCUCAGAAGUUAUCUGAAAGGCCUGCUGAAGAUUUCUCAGAUUUAAUUAAUAAUACACCUCCUAAUUUAAACUAUAAGCGUAUAGCUGUUAUCAGACCAUUAGAAGAGCAUACUCCUCCUCCUACUACUGCUGCUGCUCCUCCUCAUACUUCUUCAGGAAUUACCAGCCGUGGUUACUAUGAACUUCUGCCACUUCCUACUUUCGAUUUAAGUUCACCCAGUCCAACCGUAGUAUCAAGACGUGUCAUACCAUCGGAUAAGGAGAUAGGGUUUAUUGGUCUCGGAAUGAUGGGUCAAAGGCUUGUUAAAAAUCUGCUUACUUGCUGUCACAAGGUCACAGUUUGGAAUCGAACCCCUGAGAAAUGUAUGCCUUUUACUAAAAUUGGAGCUCAGCUUGCACAGACUCCAAGUGAUGUGGUAGAAAAAUGUGACAUAAUUAUCUGCUGUGUUUCUGGUCCCGAGGCCUCAAAAAGCCUAGUUUUUGGAAAUUGUGGCAUUCUGUCAGGUCUUGACAAAUCACCACCUGGAUCAAAAAGUUAUGUUGAAAUGACUACAUUGGAUCCAACUACAUCUCUAGACAUUGCAGAAGCUAUCAGCCGUAAAGGAGGAAGAUAUCUCGAAGCUCCUUUCGAUGGAUCUAGGGAAAACGCAGAAGAUGGAAAUCUGUUAAUUAUGAGUGCAGGUGAUAAGGAAGUUUUUGUCUCUUGUGAGAGUUGCUUUUUUACCUUAGCAAAAAAUGCAUAUUAUCUUGGCGAUGAAGUUGGCACUGGUUCUAAGAUGAACCUAAUACUUAGAAUGUUUAUGGGAGUAUCAUCUGCUGGUUUGGCAGAAUCCAUGGCACUUGUUCAGCAUUGCAAACUUUCUCAGAUCAACUUCAUGGAAAUUAUAGAACUUGGACCAGUAUCUUCGUCUCUUCUUUUAGAAAAAGGACAAGCCAUAAUGUCACGUUGCUUUCAAACUAAUAAUACUCUCAAGUAUCAGCAAAGAGAUAUUACUUUGGCUCUUGCACUGGAUAAUGGCCAUGGGCAGCCAAUGUCUGUCACAACAGCAGCAAAUGAAGUAUUCAAACGAGCUAAACGUCAGAAGUAUUCUGACCAUGAUGUAUCUGCUGUUUACAUGGGAGUUGAGUAUUAGUGUCAGUUCAUUGUUUUGCUAUACUAUGUUAUAAGCCUGAAGGGCAAAUAUGCUUUUUAUCCCAAUUCAUUGUAAAAUGUUAUAAAAGAUUUCAUAAUCCAUUAAGGCUAUCAUUCAUACAUUUUUUUUUUUUAUUUUUUUUUUUUUUUUUAUUUUUUUUUUUUUUUUUCAUUUUAGUUGUGUCAUUUUAUUGUUUAGUCUUAAACUUUUAUAUUUUCAUUUUAUCAUCAUUGCUCGUUUUAUAUUCUGAAACCAGAGCAGCUUAAUUUUUAAUGUUUAUUGAAUUUUGAUUAAGAAUUUACGUACAUGGUUUCCAAAUUAGUCCAUGCAUUUUUCUAAGAUGAAGAAAUGAACAUUAUUUCUCUGUAAUAAAUUAUCUUAUUGCAUAUAAAUGUCCCCCAUCCCCCCAUUGAUGCAGGUAGAGAAAGAAUAAAAUUGCAGUAUAAAAUGUGCUUAUAUAAUUCAUAGACUAUUGCUAUUCAUGAAUUAUGGAAGUUUUUCCUUGUGUACUUUCCUUAUGAAAUGCAAGAAUUUUGUUGCUGUAUGCAGUUUGGGAGCAACAUAGUUACAAAACCAGUAUGUAAAGACUUCAAAGAUUUGUCGGAAUUGUAAUUGAAAUUGAUAAUGUAUUCAUUUGGAUUGCCCGUGUAUCUAAUGGCUCUUUAAUUUUUACAGUUGCCAUGAUUGAUCUUUAGAUUUCAUAAUUAGAAAAGACUAAAUAUCUCUGCGAUCUUCUUGCAGUGUGGUUUCUAUUCAAAAUAUAUUAUCACAAAUUGUAUAUUAAAAACUUGGUAAAUUGGCUCAUAUAAGAUAUUUGAUUGGCCUUUUUGUCCCAUUUUAAUGUGAUCUAGCUUGUUUGAGAUUCUGUCAUCAACACUUGAGUCAUGAUGACUGAGCUGGUUAUCUCUUUGCUGGCAAUUCAAGUUGCAUCUAAUGAAGUGAGUUUUUGAUUGAAGUGAAACUGAAAACAUAGGAUCAGUGACAUGUAAUGAAAUUUCUUUACUGAAAAUCUCAAAAGUUAUAAAUGGCCAUUCAUCAGUGUGAACAAUAUUUUUUAUAGGAAAUAUUAAUAUAUGAAUGUUUUGAGAAGCAGUUGGGCCGAACUUAUUUAUUUACAGUAAUGUUCUUUUGUGCAAGUCAGAAUUAGUAAACAUUUAUCUAAUGGAUGAAACCCACAUGGGAAAGCUCCCAGAAUACUUUAAUUAACAAAUUGCUAUCAGGCUGUCUACAGUGCAGAAGGUGGGAAAAUAACAUGGUGAAAAGUAUGCCUGUUUAUUGCUCCUGUAUAUUAUUGACAUUUAUUUUUGUUUGCAUUUCUUUUUAUGUUAAUGCUGCAUAUUAAAAUAUGUUGUGGACAUCUUGCAUGUUUUUCUAUUAAAUUAUUCAUUUUCCAUAUGAAUUUUUUAAAAUCCAAUGUAAAGUUUGGAUCAUGUGUAUUUUAAUACAUUAUUAAUCUCAUGUAGGUCGUUAGUUUUGUCACUCAGUGCAUAUUAAUGUAUUUACAGAAAUAAAAAGGUACAUAUGAAAUAAAAUUAUGGAAAAAAAGAAAUUAGAGGCAUGUUUGUUUUAUUUGCAGGUUUUCUUGCAUAUAUGCAAAUCAGUUAAAUUUUAAAUUUUGAUAAAUAAUAAACCAACUUGCCAUGAUUUCAGAUUAUGUUUACAUUUAUUUCCAAAUUUAUCUUCCUUUUUCUAUAAAAAUAAUGGAUUAAUGUUUUUAAAAUCAAUUAGAUUCCUGCAAAAUUAAGUGGAUGAAAGCAUGCUAAAAUGUAGAGUCGAAACGGCGUAAAUUUAUAUCGUGAUUUUUAGGUGGCAUGUACAUUUGUUUAGAAACUAAUAUCUUGUAAUCAGCUGACUUUUCAAAUUUAAUGAAACAUUUUAAGUUGUGACAGUUCUGUGUACUCUGCCUUUCUCUGAAGAAAAACAUUUCUUAUGAAUACCAUAGACAGUACCACAUUUUUUUUUAUUUUCAAAGUAUACAAUAUCCAUCUGUACAGUUUUACCAUUUGAAUAGUAAAAUAAUUUGAUUCUCAUUUUGCCAAAAUUGCUUCAAUUCUCCCCAGAGGAGAAAAGGGUAAAUGUGUCUUCCCUACCCGGAUGCAAUCCAGACGCCGAAGCGUCAGUAUGUUCUUUUGUUUUCUCUCAGUUUGUUGUGCUUGCGUAGUAGAUUUAGAAAAUGCCCAUGUCUAUAUAUGUGAAAAUAAAAUGUAUAAAAAACCAA